AAAUAUUCCUCCUCCAUCUUCUUCUCUACUUCCAUCUUUCUUUCUAGUUUUCUUCUCCCUCUACAAAGACUAACAUACUAGGAGCUAUAUUUUGAAAUCUGGUAGCCGAGGAUGGAAAACCUAGCCCUAGUUUCUUCCCCCCAAAUGGUACUGGGUUGUUCAGCAAACGCCAAAGAUAUGGCCUCAACAAUCAGAUACUCCUUUGGCCUUCCUCAUCUGCUUCGUACACCCAGAAGAAGCUGUCUCAACAAACCCCCCACAACUUCUUCUGUCUCAGCUCUCUCUCAAUCUCACCCUACCCGCGCUCGACCUCCUCUUCGACUCCCCAAAACCAACGUGCUAGAGAAGCUAAGGGGGGAAUGUUUUGCAAGCAUUACUUCUUCUAGUAGCCAAGAAAACUCUUCAGUUGGUGUUAACCCACAACUUACUGUGCCACCCCCACCGUCACAUGUUGGGUCUCCACUAUUUUGGAUUGGAGUUGGUGUUGGUCUCUCUGCACUUUUCUCAUGGGUGGCUGCGAACUUAAAGAAAUAUGCAAUGCAACAAGCUUUCAAGACUAUGAUGGGCCAGAUGGAUUCACAAAAUAACCAAUUCAAUAAUGCUGGCUUUUCGCCCGGAUCACCUUUCCCUUUUCCUUUCCCACCUCCCCCAAACUCAGGGCCAACUACCUCACCUCCUUUUCCAAAUUUUGCAACAUCAGGGCCAGCUGCCUCACCUUCUCCAGCCACCUCUCAAUCUGUGGUGACUGUAGACGUUCCAAUGACCAAAGUGGAGGUCCCUCCUCCCACAGAUGUCAAAUACGAUCAAGACGAGGAGGGACCCAAGAAAUAUGCUUUUGUAGAUGUUUCUCCUGAAGAAACAAUACAGAAGAGCCCUUUUGGAGGUUUUGAUGAAACAACUAAGUCAGAUUCAUCGAAGGAUGUUGAGCCUGCUGAUCAAGUUUCUCAAAACGGAACUGCUUACACUCCUGGGGUUGGUGCUUCUGAAGUUUCCUCGUCUGCUCGAAAAGGGAGUUCUGGUUUGUCAGUGGAAGCUUUGGAAAAAAUGAUGGAAGAUCCUACAGUGCAGAAGAUGGUUUAUCCAUAUCUACCGGAGGAGAUGAGGAAUCCUGCUACAUUUAAAUGGAUGCUACAAAAUCCACAAUACCGUCAACAGCUCGAAGACAUGUUAAAUAACAUGGGGGGUGGCGCUGAAUGGGAUAACCGCAUGAUGGAUUCCUUGAAAAGUUUUGAUCUCCAGAGUCCUGAGGUGAAACAGCAGUUUGAUCAAAUUGGGCUUACUCCUGAAGAAGUUAUUUCAAAAAUUAUGGCCAAUCCCGAAGUCGCCAUGGCAUUUCAAAAUCCAAGAGUUCAAGCAGCCAUCAUGGAUUGUUCGCAGAAUCCUUUGAGUAUUGCAAAAUAUCAGAAUGACAAGGAGGUUAUGGAUGUUUUCAAUAAAAUAUCAGAACUCUUCCCUGGGGUGACAGGUUCAUCUUAAUUCUCUUAGUUGUUGCACAACUGCAGUUUAGGGGUCUGAAAUAUGUGCCCUUUCCUUUUCUCUUGAUUUUGUAAAAAAAAAAAAAAAAAAAUUUGCAAAAUCACUGUAUAAAGAAUGUCUCUCGUUCUGAUUGCCAUACCUAUCAAUAGAGAUGUAUCUGUUGUUCUUUCUUUUUCUUUUUUGGGGUACAUGGUUUGUUUGGUAAGCCUAUAAAUCCUAGAACAAUUCUUCAAAGCUAUCUUGUAUUUGGGCACAUAUUAGAAAGAUAAAUUUUGUAGUUAUGCCAAAUCUAAGGCGAACCAGUUACUUUGCUGUUUGGAUUUACCUAUUUAAAUGGGAAAUAGGCGUUUUGUAUUAGUUUCCUGUUUGGAUGUACCUAUUUAACUGAAAAAAAAGGCGUUUUGUAUUAA